AUGGGUCAGCUCCCCUUCCUUGGAGAAGAGCUUGACCAGGAUGAUACAGUAUUAUGCGGCACCUUCCCAAGCGGCGAAGUUGUCUUUGCUCGAAUAACGAAGAGCGGCCAAAACUGUUGCGUUCUCUUCCGCGAGACGCCUGUUGUCUCUCCAGCGUUUGAUGGAAGCUUCUAUUUCGUAAGCCCACACGCUGGUGAUAUCUAUGAUAAAGCCAUGUGGGAUGCGUUUAGACUAUAUCUCGAUGAAGCCUUGCAGAACGGCCGCAGAGAUCUGUAUAUAUUCCCUAAGGGGAGAUAUUCUUGCGCCCAUGCGUUGGAGGCUCGGAAGCUUCCGUUCUUCAACGGCUUAACCAUGGGCCAUCUCAUCAACGUUGUACAGCUCGCAAUGAGCAA